CCUUUGACCUACUCGUCUCUCUCCUACUCACCUGUCUCAUGCAAUAGAUAGUAUGAAAUAUUUCUCUGUACUAAUUACUCCAUCACCUGUGUUCAGAUAUUGAUGAUAUGCGGUUGAUGGGAGGAUCCAGCCGCUGUUCUGGUGUGCUAGAGGUGAAGAGCCAGGGAGAGUGGACAGAAGUGGAGGACUGGGACUGGGACCUGAAGUUAGCAGACGUAGUUUGCAGACAUCUGGACUGUGGCUCUGUGGUUCGAGCUUCAUCAAAAAGACGUUCAGACCCUUUUAGCAGAAUCACACCUUCCUGUCCCGAGUCUGGACCUAGACUGAAGAAAUGUUUAACAAAGAGGACUAUAAUUUUUCCAACCAGUUUGGAGAUCAUCUGCUCAGACUCUGUCAGGCUGGUGAAUGGGACUAGUCUGUGUUCAGGCAGACUGGAGGUAAAGUCUACCCAGUCUACCCAGUCCUGGUCCUCAGUGUGUGAAGAAGGCUUUGACCUGCAGGAUGCAGAGGUGGUCUGCAGGGACCUUGGCUGUGGGGCUCCUUCAGUCCUCCAGGGGGCGCUCUAUGGAGACAUGGAGGCUCCAGUGUGGACCAAAGAGUUCCAGUGUAGAGGCCAUGAGUCUGCUCUGCUGGACUGUGACAGCUCAGAUAGAAACACCUGCUCUUCUGCCAAAGCUGCUGGACUCACCUGCUCAGGUAGAGGAGAGGAGCUGUAGCUUUGAAUUGAGUUUCUAUUUUAAUAAAUGUGACAUGAUCUAU